AUGACUGAUAAUGGUGAAACAACAAUCUCCCAAACCCUCUCGUCAUCCGUCGAAGAACAAUCGCAGAGUUCAUCAGAUCUUACCUGUGUUGAACGAUGCAGUGAACUCAUCAACCAGUAUCGUCUCGGACAUAAUGGAAAGGCCAACACGGUCUUUGCCAUCCGGGAAAUCCUCCUCGACUCACCGUCCGUCCGAGGUGGAAGAAAUAUCGAUGAUGCCCUUGAUGUCUUCAUCGGGAUGCUCGACAGUAUUGAUUCCUCAAAGAAUCGAGCAGCCGAACGAGGACAACAGUCUAGGGUCUCGGAUCACGAAGAGGAAGCUCAGCGAGAGAAUAGGGGGGCCAGUGAAAUCGAAGAAACCGAAGCUAGAGGAAAGAAAGCCAGAGAUGACACUGAUUCAGAGGAUGAUGAUCAGCCCUCGUCAAAGCGUGCCAAAACAGUCGACGUCAGCAAGUUCCCUUGGUCGCAGUCGCGAUCCACGGCACUUGCCUCUCUACCUCAGGAUAUCAGAGAGACCUACCGCCAACUCGAUAACUUUGCCGCCGAUCCAAAAAGUGUCGUCAGUAACAUCUUAUCCACACCAGGAUGUCCACCUUUCCCUCCCAGCGAAUGGCUUAAUGUCGUGCGUUGGAAAUACGUCGACCUUGCCAAAGUCCUCGACUCAGCUCACACCACCGAGUUGGAUCCAAAGCAAACCCACGUCAUUGAUGACGAGAUUGAACUUGCCCUCCGAGUUGCCAAGUCGUCGGGGGGAAUUAAGACAUCCUCCGACCACAAUAUUGCCUUCGCCAUGUACAUCGAGGCUAUUGCCUUCGUCUUCCCUCAACGAAGGAAUGAAUUCUCCCAAUAUAAUACCUACCUCAGCCGACUCUUCCACGCAAUGGAAAUACGACUCCACUCGCGCAUUAUCGAGUUUGACCGUUCCGUCCGAAAUCAGGUGGCCAUGCAAAGAAACUUACGCCUCACUGAUCAUUCCCAAUUUGAGCAUCUUCGAACGACCUUCCUCACCUCCUUUGGCGUUGGUUCCAAUUCCUCCUCAUCCGCAUCUAUUGCCGGGGGAAGAACGAAUCGGAGAGACGGAAAUGGGGGAAGGGAUGAUCCCUGCCAUAAAUGGAAUCGAGGAACCUGUCAGAGGUCCGAUAGCGAGUGUAGGUUUGCCCACUGCUGUGAUCGAAGAGGAUGUCGAGGGGCACAUCGUAAAUCGGAGUGCCCAAACAAAGGAGGAGCUAAAUAG